ACAACACAAAUAUUUAUUACAAAACCACGAAAUUUGGAAAGCUACAAACAUUUGUAAAGAUGAUUUUGAAAAGUAUUUCAAUGAAACUUCACUGGAAAACAUGAAGCAAGAAGAUGUUGAAAAGGGGUUUACAAUAUUAGCUGAAAUAGUGUACAACUAUUUUAAAACACCCUUAGUUGUGUUGGUAGACGACUAUGACAUUAUUAUAGACGCACCAGUUUCAGAAGACUGCCGAGAUUCAGUUUACAAUUUUACUAUCGAUAUGUAUAAUCGAAUUAUAGAAUCGAAAUACGUUAGUCGAGUUAUAAUUACAGGGUCUUUACUUCGUGGGGGGCUUCCAUACUCGCCGAGGGUCAAGUCUGCUUUGGACAACUAUCCCGGACUUUUGAAGUACUACGGACUGAGUAAAAAUGAGCUCAAUUUGCUACUGCAGAGAUUUCUAAAGAACAGCACAGAGAUAGAAGAAGCUGAGCGGUGUAUUGUUGAGAACUACAGCGGAUACGUGCGGUCUUCUGAAGUAUACGAUGAAAUGAAGGUAAAUCCCAUGAACCAUGUUGUGUGUAGUGCGUGGUCUGUCCUGCAAUACAUCACUUGUGUGAAGAAAAUCAACGUCGCCAACAUAGGAGAGACUGAUGCUUUGUCUCUAACAUAUUUGUCUGUUAGAGAUCGCGCCAGAUUGAUUAAAACUUUUUAACAGGAAAUUUUAAAUUAUUA